AAUUGGUAUCUUGCCUUUUCAAAUUGUUCAGAAAUUUCAGCGUUCAAUUUUCAAUGGCUUUGAUCUUUCUUUAUACAAGAAAGUCAAAAAAAAGGCCGUCCAUUUCAUUAUCAAAUGGACUCCUCACUUCUUGUGCUGUUACUUGCUCCACCGGAACUCCACAAAGCUGCAAGAAAAGGUUUAAAAAAUGUCACUUAACUCGACAGGGAAAGCUGAUGAAGACGAAAGAAGAGAAGAUGUAGCUGUAGCUGCAGUAGAAAGACAAGAUUCAAGAGAAGUUGAUGAAGGCAAAGGCACUUGGAAACACGCAGCGUUCCAUGUUGCCACAACAAUUGCUACCCCUGCUGCUUAUGCUCCUUUACCGUUUGCUCUCGCUUCUCUUGGCUGGCCCCUUGGGGUGAGUAGUUUGGUAGGUGCAACACUGGCCACCUGGUACUCGAGUCUAUUGAUUGCGUCUUUGUGGAGAUGGAAUGGGAAGAAGCAGAUCACAUAUAGGCAUCUCGCAGAAAGCAUCUUCGGAUUCUGGGGUUACUGGUCCAUUGCAUUUUUUCAGCAGGUGGCUUCUUUGGGCAAUAACAUUGCAAUUCAAAUUGCUGCCGGAAGCAGCCUCAAGGCUGUUUACAAGCACUAUCACAAAGAGGGUACGCUGACCUUGCAGCAUUUUAUUAUCUUCUUUGGAGCCUUUGAACUUUUUCUCUCUCAACUCCCUGAUAUCCACUCGUUGAGAUGGGUCAAUGCGUUGUGCACGUUCAGCACGAUCGGCUUUGCUGGCACAACAAUUGGCGUGACAUUGUAUAAUGGUAAGAAUAUGGAUAGAAAAUCAGUCAGUUACAGUGUGCAAGGGAGCUCCUCUCUUAAGAGAUUUAAAGCCUUCAAUGCUUUGGGGGCAAUUGCCUUUUCAUUUGGAGAUGCGAUGCUUCCAGAAAUACAGAACACUGUAAAAGAGCCUGCAAAAAAGAACUUGUAUAAAGGUGUAUCAGCAGCAUACACCGUUAUUAUCUUGACUUACUGGCAAUUGGCAUUCUGUGGAUACUGGGCAUUUGGGUCAGAAGUUCAGCCUUACAUUUUGGCUUCUCUGACUGUUCCAGAAUGGACAAUUGUCAUGGCAAAUCUCUUCGCAGUUAUUCAGAUAUCAGGAUGCUAUCAGAUAUAUUGCAGGCCAACGUAUGCCUACUUCGAGAACAACAUGCUGCGGAGCAAGACUGCCAGCUACUUCCCUCUCAAAAACUGCCUAAUUCGGCUGGUGUGCACCUCCAUUUACAUUGUUCUUAUCACCCUCAUUGCUGCAGCGAUGCCCUUUUUUGGUGACUUUGUAUCCAUAUGUGGUGCCAUUGGGUUUACUCCGUUGGAUUUUGUUUUCCCUGCCAUAGCAUAUUUGAAAUCUGGAAGAAUUCCGAAAAACAUGGAGCUUCGCAUAUCAGUGCAGCUCCUUAAUUUAGCUAUAGCUACCUGGUUCUCAGUUGUUGCAGUAUUGGGUUGCAUUGGUGCUGUCAGGUUUAUUGUGGAAGAUAUCAAGACCUACAAGUUCUUUCAUGACUUGUAAGAAUUGAUAUUGAUGUACCGAUACAAUGUCUCGAUAUGAAUUUUCUUGUACUGGAGCAGGAAAGUUAGCCACAGAUUAUCAAACUGUAUAUAUUGUAAUCUACACACAUUUUUCCUUCUUGCCAUCAGGAUAUCCUGUAAAACCCUUGGUUUGCCUGCUCCCUUUUUAUCAAAGAUGGCAGCAGAUUGUUUAAUAUGUAUUUUGAAUUGUGAACAUGAUUUGAUAUUGCUUGGACACAAGAUCGAUACAUUUGAUUUCA